CAGGCGCUGCUGCAGCUGCUGGUGGGCGCCACCUGCGAGCCGCGCCGGCAGGUGCGCCUGCUGGAGUGCGCGGCGCGGCUGGCGGAGCUGGAGGGGGGCGCGCAGGUGCAGGGCGGCGCCGCGGAGGGGCUGCUGCAUGUGGCCCUCAGCCUGCUGGAGAUCUGGUGCGACGGCGCGGUGGAUGUGGGCGACUCCCCGCCGCAACUCCGCCGGCAGCCGCCCCCUGCCGCUGCUGCAGCCGGCGGGGCCGAGGCAGCGGACUCCGCGGCGACCCCUGCCGACGCCUCCGCCUGGCAUGCGGCGAUGGGGUGGGCGCUGGAGGCGAGCAGCAGCGCACUGGCGGCGGCGGGACUGCUGGCGCCGUUCGCGGAGAGGCUUUGCAGCGUAGUGCUGCGCGCCUGCCUCGCCUCCGCCUCUGCCUCGACGCAGUCACCCGCUGCCGCCGCGGGUGGUGGCGUAGCUCUGCCCGCCGCUCCCCCGCAGCCCCCUCCCGCGCACGAGGCCUACCUGCCCCGCCUGCACGCCUGCCUGGCCGCCUGCCCGCACCUGCUGCCCCUCGCGCUGGAGCGGGGGCUGCUGGGGCUGCUGCUGCGCCUGCCCGCGGUGCCGCCUGAGGCGCAGCGGCUGGGGGCGGCGGGAGGGGGCAGCGCGGCUGCUGCUGCUGGCUGUCGGGCGCUGUGUGCGCAGUGGCUGGCGCAACCGGC